GUUACCGCCCAUGUUAUAACCGAUCGUUUCAGUUCCACUGUUGUCCUGUUGUGUUAUGAAAUUUUAUUUCAGUUGAAAGUAGAUUCUACGAUGAUUCGAUUCAUUCUUAUUCAAAAUAGGGCUGGAAAGACACGUCUUGCAAAAUGGUAUAUGAAUUUUGAUGAUGAUGAGAAACAAAAGCUUAUUGAAGAGGUGCAUGCAGUAGUCACUGUUAGAGAUGCCAAACAUACCAACUUCGUUGAAUUUCGUAACUUCAAGAUCGUUUAUAGGCGUUAUGCAGGACUAUAUUUUUGCAUUUGUGUUGAUGUCAAUGACAAUAAUUUGUGUUACCUUGAAGCAAUACAUAACUUUGUGGAAGUCCUUAAUGAAUAUUUCCAUAAUGUUUGUGAGUUAGAUCUGGUUUUCAAUUUUUACAAAGUAUACACAGUCGUUGAUGAGAUGUUCCUUGCUGGAGAGAUCCGUGAGACUAGUCAAACCAAAGUCCUGAAGCAGCUUCUAAUGCUGAAUUCUCUGGAGUAAGGAAAGUUUAAUUUAAUUUUGUGGUUGUAUCAGCUGAAAGGAAUCUCGUGUUAUGUGUUCUGCUACAGAUAUUUAUGUUAUGUUUCGAUAUGGAUAUUGUAUUUGAUCGUCUGAUUAUUAUUAUAUUUAGUAUCAUCAUUUUUAUUAUGUAUAGCAAUGACAUUAGUUAAGUUAAUUUGUUGAAAAUAUGAAGUGAUUUAUUUAUUCUGUGACUAUAUGAAUUGAAAAUGAUUUUCUUUCUUUUAUCAACUUUAUG